UAUCAAUCGCGAAGGGUGGUAAGGAGGGCGGCGCGGAGAAGGGCGCGUGGCGGCACCGGGGGUGUCAGUCACGGCCCAUCUGUCCAGCAUCGAGCACAUCUAUGGACAUAGUUGCAGUAACGACUGUCGGUUCGAACGUACGAAAGAUGAAGUCGCAUCAAUCGCGAUUUUCUUUGGCUGGAAUGUAGACGUCUAGGAUAUAUCGAAUGGAAGAAAGAAGAUAACGAUCGUCGUGAAAGAGAGAGAGUGAGAGAGAGAGAGAGAGAGAGAGAGAGAGAAAGAGUGAGAGAGAGAGAGUGUGAUUGAUCGGUGAUCGAUUGCGUGAAACAUCGUUCGAGUGGCGAUUCACUCGCGCGUCGCAAACCAAAUGUUCCCCUCCGAUUUGCUCGCAAGCUUUCUGCAAAAAGCAAAAAAGAGUGGCGAAGAGAGGGGAGCAAUAUCGCGAUAUUCUCGAGCCUUUAUCCCGCGAUAAAGUGAAAGCAGAGAAAUUCGUGGUAUACUUAGGAAUAAAGUAUAUCUCUUUAACAAGAAUAAAAGGCAAAGUCGCGUUCAAGAUAAAUCAUUGGCUGUGUGUUUAUAACGUAAACGAUAGUGUUCAUCGGUUGUAUAGAUAUAUGUCGAUAUAUUAAUAUCGAUUUGUUUCGAAGAUAUCGUCAAGAAGGAAAAAUAAAGAAGAUUAAGAGAACGGUAAGGAAGAAAAAUCGUGACGAAAUAAAAGAAAGAAAAGAAAAAACACAAAACGAAAAGAAAAUGUGAGAGGAUGUUCUCCCAUAAUCAAAGUUAAAAUUAACGAUUCGUGUUUCGAAUAACUUUUUCGAAAUCGACACGAUUAUCGAUUAAAUAAAAAAAAAUAUACGCACGUAAUAUUAGCAAUAAAACAGCGCGUUCUCCUUCGCGUUAGUCAAUGAGCAAUAAACAAGUUCGGUCCUUUUCGUCUUCGUUAUCGUUUAAGAGAAAUUAAGAACGCGUUCGGUGUGGAUCGAGGAGUCGACCAACGGUGGUGCUCCUUAUCGCUAUCAACGACGCUGGACGAUAUAUUUUUUUAAUUACAAUUUUGGUGUGAAAUAAGUAAGAAAAAGAAAGGGGGCGAAGACACGACAAGAUGGCGUUCGCCGCGGCAAGAAUGAUCCUCAAGGACAAGCGGCGGAAGGCCAGCAAAGAGGACUUCGCACCGCGAAACAGAAGCAAGGCCCGCAGCGCCAGUACAAGUAGCUUUAGAAGCCUGAGCCAGGCACGCAACAAACCAGCCGAUGGAGUUGGCCACGUGAAUCAGAAAGGUGCGACGGGUCAAAAGGCACCGUUAGCUGCUGGACAAAAGGGGGCUCCUGGUGCCAAGGUCGCGACAAAGCCGGCGCAGAAGCCAACAGCUCAAAAAGGACAGGUCAAAGUCACCCCUAAGGCUGCCUCCGUUAAAACGGGAAAGAACAAAAAGAAAGGUCAGAGGCAACAGUACGAUCUCAUCGUCACCAUAAAUCUGUCCGAGUAUGGUCUCACGGAAGAUCAAGUGGCUGAAUUCAAAGAAGCAUUCAUGCUGUUCGAUAAAGACGAGGAUGGGACAAUCACCAUGGCGGAACUUGGCGUGGUCAUGCGAUCUUUGGGACAGAGACCGUCCGAUACGGAACUACGAGAUAUGGUGAAUGAAGUGGAUCAAGAUGGUAAUGGUACCAUCGAGUUUAAUGAGUUCCUGCAAAUGAUGUCAAAGAAGAUGAAGGGAGCAGACGGGAAAGACGAACUACGCGAAGCGUUUAGGGUAUUCGACAAGAACAAAGACGGCCUGAUCUCAUCGAAGGAAUUACGGCACGUAAUGACGAAUCUCGGUGAAAAAUUAUCGGAGGAAGAAGUCGACGACAUGAUCAAGGAGGCGGAUCUAGAUGGCGAUGGGAUGGUUAACUAUGAAGAAUUCGUGACAAUUUUGACGUCGAAAAAUUAAUUCGUUAGUCGUCUUACUCGACGACGAUAUUGACGGAGAAGAAGAAAAAGAGAAGGAAGCACGCAAAGUUCCUCGCCAGGAUCGUAGAUAGAAAGAAGGAUGUUUAUCGCGAUAUCCCAGCAUUCAGCAGCAGCAGCAGCAAAAGAAGCAGCCACAGCAGCAGCAAUGUCAAAAUCAUCGUUCUAAAAGCAACUAAACGAGCGUGUCGAAUCGAUCGAAAAUUCUCAUCGAAUUUAUCGAUUCUUCGCGCGAGAAAUUAAAGCAAACAAACAAAAAAAUAAAAAAGAUUAAACCAAAAAUAAGAAAAAAAAAAUAAAAAAAAACAUUGAAACAAUACGAUGACGUUCGCCGAUCUUUUAAAAGAAAAGCAUGUGUCCGCAAGCGCGAAAAAGACACACACACACACACAUUAUAUACACGGUACACGAAGAAAGACGAUACGCGUACACACCUCGCUUCCUUCGAAAGGAAAUGAAGAAAAUAAAAAGAACGAAGAAAAUCCAGAAAGAUUCUCAAAUAAGAACGAGUCUAUGAAACGAAAGAAAAAAAGAAAAAGAGAGAGAGGGAGAGAGAAAGAAAAAGAAGAAAAAAUGGAAUUAACAAAGCGAGGUGGUCGUUCCCGAAACAAUCAACUGAGCUUCGUUUAACGUUUACCUACUCUACUUAAUGCUAAAACAUAAAAGAAUAGUUGUUACGAGUAUCGUUUAGGAAGAAUUCAGAUAAAAGAGAAACACCCCUCAAUCCAAACCCUCGAAUCCUUUUCCCUUUUUUCCUACCUCUCUCCCACUCCUCGUCAUCUUUAAUAAUUAGUACGAUUUAUGAUGUGAGAAAAACUAAAAUUAUAGUUAGGUCGUGUAAAAGCGGGUUUAUUAUUAGCAUAUGCGGUUGCCGUUUACGUAUGCUAUUAUUUCCCAGGAGCAAACUCAUACCCUCUCGAGGCAUGUGUGUUACCGCUAAUUUCCCUCCCAUUUCUCUUAUCCACAAGCGUUUCCCCAUCCUUCACCAACUCUCUCUUCCUUAGAUUAUAUAUGUAUAUUCUUGGUGGACGAAGUUAAUAUAAGUUUAAUGAGAAAGAAGAGGAAGAAAUAAAAAAGAAAAGAAGAAGAAGAAGAAGAGAUAGACAAGGAAUAAUAAUAAUAAUAAUGAUAAUAAUAAUAAAAAAAAAAUAGAAAAAGAAACCAAAAACAAAAAAGAUGAAGAUUACGAUAAGAAGGAUCGAUUUGGAAUAUUAUCGCUUAUCAGGUUCGAUUCGCUUUUUCGAGUGACUUGAGCGUGAGAGCGUGCAGCUAUAGCCGACAUUUUUACAGUAAAAAUAAUUACAAGGAAGGCAGCCGCAACCUCGGACGGCAGACUACUAAUACUACUACUACCACUUACUACUAUUACUACCAAUACUACUACUACUAUUAUUAUUACUCUAUUAUUACUAUAUUACUAUUUCGGUAAUAUUGCGAGCAGCAGUUUUUUCAAAGGUGUUCAAACGUCGUUGUCAAUCGCAUAGCCCCCUUUAUAUCCGACGAGGAAAAGAAGUUAUCAGAAUGUUAAAAGAAUACUACGAGCAAGUUGAUCGCCUUUUUCUCGGGUAUAUAUAUAUAUGUAUAUAUAUAUAUAUAUAUAUAUAUAUAUAUAUAUAUAUAUAUAUAUAUAUAUAUAUGUAUGUAUGUAUGUAUGUAUGUAUGUAUGUAUGUAUGUAUGUAUGUAUGUAUGUAUGUACAAGACUUUGAUUAAAAGAAAAAAUAAAAGAGAAGACAAAAAAGUGAGAGAAGAAGAGAGAGAGAGAGAGAGAGAGAGAGAGAGAGAGAGAGAGCGCGACAAGUGGAGCAGAUUUCCUCAAAAACGUGUAUAGAUAAAAAUAUAGCAAAGGGUCUACAGUACGCACAAGUUUCAGCUUUCUCGCUUUAUAAUAAAAAAAAAAGGACAUAGAAACAAAAGUAACUAGAAGAAGAAGAAGAAGAAGAAAAAAGUAAUAAAAAAUAAAAAAGAGAGAUAAAAAGAUCCUAGUUUUCAUCUCGCUCAUUGUUAAUGUUUCGUAUGCCACGCUUGAUGAAAGGGCAAACCUGGAGAGAGAGGAAGAAAGAGGAAUAUAGGGAAAGGAGAGUGAGAAAGAAAGAGAGAAAAAGAGAGAGAGAGAGAGAGAGAGAGAGAAAGACGAUCAAAGAAAAACGACGUGCUUCCUUCGAGAAAAGAAGAGAACGGGAAAAAGCAGGUAGAAAAAGAAGAAAAAUAAAAGCUUUCUCCUUCUGCUUUAACCUCUGCCGUCGCUAAAUUUGUCUCUUCUUCGUUUGCGAAAUUAUCAGCAAAACGUGUCCCCUGACAAUUUGCGGCAAAAGGUGAUCAAGGACAACACGCUCGACGCUCACUAUCCUCCUCUGUCUCGAUGUUCGAACCGUGAAAAAAAAAGAAAAAAAAAAGAAAAAAAAAGAAAACCCAAGAAGAAUGGAGCAUAUUUAUGAUUAUAUUAUACAUAAUUGUAUUGAUCGUGCACACCUCUCCCAUCUCUGGCUCUAAAAUUCCUUAGAGAAGUACCACUCCCGUGCAGUUCGUCAUUCUUGUCCCUUUAGUUAAAAAAUCAUUAAAUUGUAGAACUAUUAUUAACAAGAAGACGUUAGUUUGAGAUACUAGAGACAGAUCCAUAGUCGUAAUAAAAUACGUACACGUAAAAAUACAAUAAAAUUGCAUUAUACACCUAUGUAUCUAUAUUGCAUCUAUUAUAUAUAUAUAUAUAUAUAUAUAUAUAUAUAUAUAUAUAUAUAUAUAUAUACACACACACACGCAUAUACAGAUGUUGUUAUCAUAAAGCCAGACAAGGUACAUUUUAUUGAAUUAUAUUCAUAUAUUUAGUAUAACACAAACAAAUAAAAAAAAACAAAUUACCACUAAUAUAUAUACACACACACAUGCAUUACAUAUAUACGUAAAUUAUUAUUAUUAUUAUUAUUAUUACAUAUAUGUAUAUGUAUACAUAUAUAUAAACAAAAAAAAUAUAUUAUAUUAUAUACACGAUAGUAGUGUACGUCGGUGGUAUACUGGCAUUGAUAUUUUUAUGGUUUUAAACAAAAAUAGUUCAAAAACGAGAGCGAAAGGAAGAGCGAAAGAGAAAAUGUGUGUGUAUGAAAGAAAAAGAGAAAGAGAGAGAAAGAAAGAAAGAAGGGAGAAAAAGGAAAAUAACUCCGACUUUUAUGCGAACGGUAUAAAAGGCGUUUGUAAAAUUAACCCAAAAAAGAAAAGAUUUGGGCGAGAAAUGAGGGAACGAGCGUAAUACGUAAAUAAGUACGUAUUAUUAUCACAAGUGUAUUUUCGUGAUAAUCUACUUCUUGUAUCACGAUAACGAAAGAAUGUACGAAAAAGCGAAUAUUGUCUACAUAUUAAAAAUGAGAUAAUAUUGAAAAGAUUAAACGUGGAUUAUUGUUGAGUCAUCGGUGAUGUUUAUAGCGCGGUGAUUUCACGUACAUACAUAGAUAAUAGACAAUAAUUAAGUUCUUUAGUUUUAGGAAACACGUUACAUACACAUACUUACAUACAUAGAGAAAAAGAAAAAUUAAAAGGAAAGAAAAAAGGGAGAAAGAGAGAAAGAGAGUAUGAUAGUGUCGAUUAUAAUUAUUAAAAAGACAAAUGGAAUGCUCGAACGCUAGGUAACGUAAGUAUUUACUGCACACGCAUGACUGCGUAUUUCGUAUUAUUUUUCUUUUUGUUUUUUUUUCUCCCAGACUGUUUAUUACAAAGAGAUGAUAAUAAUGGCGAGAAAAGAAAGAUAUAAAAAGAGAUAACAAGAAAGAGCAAAAUAAAAUAUUAAAAGGAUUUCUUUCCGAUACGAUUUAUUUCUCUUUUAGAAAAAAUGACUCGCCUUUUAUCGUUCAACGCUUUUAGCCACUUUCUUUUUUGGGUUAAUAUCGAUAUCAUGUUUCUAAAAAAACCGUGCGAAAUCUUUGAGAAGAUAAGAGACGAUAUGUAAAAAGCACAGAGGAAGAAGGAGAGAGAGAGAGAGAGAGAGAGAGAGAGAGAGAGAGAGAGAGAGAGAGAGAGAGAGAAAGUAGAGACAACAGACGUAUUUCGUUAAUAUUAUGAUCGUCGUUUACUAGUCAUUCUCGUAUCCGCGUUUUAUGCUCACAGAUUGCAUCUAAAUAUCCAUUAAGUUAUUCCUUUUCUUCUUUAUCUUUCUAUCAAGAUUAAUAUCGUUCGAGCGAAAACGUAGCUUUUUCAUUACCAAAAGAUUUUCACGUACACGCGAGAUCAUAAUCGACAUAAUUCGUGAUUUCCUCGUACGAUUUUUUUUUCAUUGAUACAUAUGUAAUUUACUUACAAGUAUAAAAUUAAUUGAUUAAUUAAAUUCUAAUAAUAAUACAUUUAUAUAACGCGGUGAGCUCGUAAACGACGUGUGACUUUAUACCCUAUAGUAAAGGUUACGGCUGUGUGUAAUAAUAACGAGAGUGAUGGAAAUAACAUAUAUAAAUAAAUGAAAUUUACAAGAGGAAAAAAAAAGAAAAAGAGCAAAAAAAAGAACAAAAAAGAAAAAAAUCAGAAAAAAAGGAAGAAAAAGAAACAAAAAUAUAAGAAGAUGCAAAUGAAGAGAUAACAUAAGAAGAGCUUGAUAAAAAACUGUCACAAAUAGUAAUGUAUAACGUCCCGAAGACAAUAUAGGUAUUUCUCUAACGAUUUCUAUGUGCGAAACAAAGCUUGACUUGAAUCGCGUUGAUGGCCUACGUUUUUUUAUCAGUCGUUUUAAUCGGAUCGAUUCCGUUUGUCGUGGAAUCGCGAGUAUUAGAACGAUAAAUCAAAAGCAAAGAAGUAUAGAAGCGAGAUAUUUUCGUUAAUUAUUUUUUUCGUGAAAGUACAACUAUCGAGAAGAUAUUCCGCGAUUUUCACGAUACGGACCGACUCCCGAUGAUAUCGAAUUGGAAAUUUUAUCCUCGCAUUUAAACGCACGAUCUCUCGUAACGCGUUCGUGUGCUUCGCGCUCUAAUCGCCGAUUUUUCUUUUUCGCUACGGGCGAUAAAUUUUGCUUUAAAUAGGGUAACAACGUUUCUUCUUGUCUUUACGUUAUUGAACUUUGAUAUGUGUGUAUGUGUGUACGCCUUAUUUAAAUAGAUUAUAGUUAAAUGCAUACCAAAAGAAAAGCAAAAUUUAUUGCUUCGAGUUGAAAGCAUCGAUUUUGAAUAUAGAGAGUGAAAGAGAGAGAGAGAGAGAGAGAGAGAGAGAGAGAGAGAGAGAGAGAGAAAGAGAGAGAGAGAGAGAGAAAGAUGUGUGUCUGUGUGUGAAAGAGAGAGAGAGUGCAAGGAGGAGAGAGAGAGAGAGAGAGAAAAAGAGAGAAGGAAAAACAAGAUUUCGUUAUACAGCUGCAUAAAAGUGAAUAGAAUAUUUUUAUAAGUCGUUUCUUGCUCCAGAUCCUAAGCAUACAUAAAUUAAUUAAAAAUAAAGAAAAAAGAAACAUAAAAAAGCUAUACCUACUUGCUAAGUUUUUCAUUGUACGUUCACCAUUGUACUAUAUAUAUCUUUUGCAUUGCAUAGAAAAAAGUGUUGCAUAUUGUAUUAUAUAUAUCAUUCUAUAUAUCAAAGAUUAUCUUUGAUAUAAAAGUUCGUGCAUCGAUCACUGCACCCUUAUAUAUUAUUGUUAUUAUUAUUAAUGUUAUUAUUAUUAUUAUAUCAGUAAAUAUAUCAGUGCUUGUAGAGUGUAUGUAUGAGAGAGAAAGAAAGAAUGGGAGAGAGAGAGAGAAAGAGAGGGAGAGAGAGAGAGAGAGAGACAGAGAGAAUACACAAGUCUUCCUUUGAAUGAAUAUUUCGAAGAUCGAAAAUUAAGAUAUCUUUCUUUCUUCGAUAUUUCCCUUUCCAAUUUAUAUCAUACGAAUCGAUUAUUCUUCUCAAUAUUUUCCUCUUUUUCAUCCUUCGAAAAAUUCUAAAAUCUUAGGUAAAGAAAAUUUCGAAUCUCUUUUUUGGCUCGCCGUUCAUAUUAUAUUUCUAACAUCUUUUUUUACUCUUAGUUUAUGAAAAAAAAAGAAAUCGGUGCCAAUCAUUUUCCCGUAUGGACAUACGAGAGUAUAUCGACGUUCUUUGCUUCCUUUACUUUAUUUUUCUACUCUUUUUCUGUUUCUCUCUCCUCCCUCCCUCCCUCCCACUCUCUCUCUCUCUCUCUCUAUCUCUCUUUUCGCGAGAGAGAUCAAAAUUUAUGCGAGAAGUAAAUGUAUCAAAGAUAAAUCCGAUGAACGUAAUGCGACCUUUUUAGAUUCUUACGUUAAAUGUAUUGAUCGCAUGUAACUUUUGUAAAACCGUCCUUCAUCUCCGUUUCUUCAUCUCUCCGUCCCCACAUCCUUUCAGCUUCCUCGAUUUUCUUCACUAACAUAUCGUUCUUGUUUAGUCGGUCACGCUAAUGAAAUAAAUGGGAAGGCACAGUGGUGAAUGGCGAGAUAAAAGGAAUUUAGUCGAUAUCAAAAGAAAAAAAAAACGCAAGAGUAAUCAAAUAAACGUACGUGUAAAGUCGAUAGAUUGUAUAUUUGUGAGAGAAUCUGAUAUAUAACGUUAGAUGUUUAAUAUUUAUAAUUAUAAAAAUAAGUGUAAAACUCUACUAGGUUUUAUCAAUCGAGAGAUCUUUUUCGCAAAGAUAAUAUAAUUAUUGAGAAAGAAAACGAGAGUGUGAGAGAGAAAGAAAGAGAGAGAGAGAGGAAGAGAGAGAGAGAGAGAGAGAGAGAGAGAGAGAGAGAGAGAGAGAGAGAGAGAUCACGAAAAUGAUCUCGUCGAUCGAAUUUAUUCUUUAGACAAAACGUAAUUAUACUUGUUAAGUUUUACGUUUGGCGAUGUAAAACCUCUCGCGUUGAUUAUAUUAUCGAAUCGUGAACGUGCAAUCGCGUAGGCUAUCGAACGAGUAAUAAAAAUAAAAAAGAAAGAAAGAGGGGAAAAAGGAAAGGAAGAAAAUCAUUCGACUAUUGUUUAUGUUUAUGAUCGAGAGAAAUUGCGCGGGCCGCAAACGAGCGGGAAAUUUGAAACGACGAAAAAAAAAACAAUUAAAAGUAUUUCUAUCUUUAUAAUCGGGAUUGAAAAGUUUCAAGUGUUCUCCAAUGUGAUCGAUAGUUAAAACGAUAGACGAAGAGAACUCGAACCUCGCGUUGAAUUUCGCGUCGUCCGUGAUCAUUUUUGUUCCCCAUUAUAAUGAUUUUCUAUGAUCGUUCUUCAACUACUUCCCAUGUAGUUUAUUUGCCUACGCGUAAACGAACGAUUCGAUUUAAUACGAUAAUAAAAAGCAGCUGCGGUAGAAAAGCGAAACGAUCGUAACGACUGCCGUAUUGAGUGAUAGAAGACAAAGAGGGAUGAUAAAGAGAUUUAAAAAAAAAAAAAGAAAUAUGAGAAACACAAACACGUCUUUCAUUAUUAUAUUAGAGAUUAUGAUAAUGAGCGUAUUACAUCGUGCGUAUUAUAUCCGUCAUAUAAGAGUGGAGAUUCGUAAAUGUUUAAUAAGCGUUUCGCGAUGAUGAACCUUAGACUUUGAGGAUCUACAAAUUUUUCUUUCUUUUUCUAUUCAUUAAUUUGUCUGAAAAAUCUAAAUCUUUUUUCGACGUCCUGAAAGAAUCGUUACAUUGCUAUUAUUAUUAUUAUUAUUAUUAUUAUUAUUAUUAUUAUUAUUAUUAUUAUUAUUAGUUCGUUGCUUUUUUAAUUAUUAUAUAUUAUUGUUACUAUUGUUAUUAUUUGUCAUCGAACUUUUAAGGUUUAAAGAGACUGCGAUAAUAUAAGACAGGAUAUAAGUAUUACGCGUUAAUAGGAGAAGUAUUAUAAUGGAGGUGUAUUAGACAUAUAUAGGAUAUCAUUUGUAAGUACACGAGCACGAGCUUGUUUUACUAUGACAAUGAUGACAAUGACAAUUAUGAUUGACGAUAAUGACGAAAACAAAAACGAAGACGAUGACGAUGACGAUGACGAUGACGAUGACGAUAACGAUAACGAUGACAAUGAUGAUAACGAUGAUAAUGAUUAUGAUAAUGAUGACAACGACGAUGACGACGACGACGACGACGAUGACGAUGAUGAUAUCGCACUGUGAAUGAAAUAUUUAUAUUUUUACUUAAGAAAUGGCUCUAAUAACGUUUCUAACGAUUCAUCCCCGCAAGACGGGGAUUUUCAUAAUCUUAUUUUUCUAGAGUAAAUAUCGAAAUAAUUAUUAUUAUGUUAUGACGAAACGUGUUAAUAAGAUACGAUAAAAAGUAAGCUGCUGAAAGGAGAACACACAAAUCAGAAUAAAGAAUAUGCGUGUUUGUUUAUGUGUGUGUGUAUUGAUCAAAAGAAAGAAAGAGAAAGAGAAAGAGAGAGAGAGAGAGAGAGAGAGAGAGAGAGAAAUAUUAAAAAAAGGAAAAAACGAAUGUAUUUCCCGUUUAGCAUGACGCAGCUACAUGUAGAAUUUUCUUCGAAAAAAAGUUGUGUCGAUAUAUCCCACACAUAUAUAUGUAUAUACACAUGUAUAUACAUACGUCUACGUUUUUACUAUGUCUCACAUGUUUAUUCGACAGUAAGAAACUGACUUUAACGCGCUGUAUACGUUUCGCAAGGCGCUUCCAAUCGAUCUACAAGAGCGACGUUUAAAUGCCACCCUCUUGUGGAUCGUACGUCGUCAAGUUUAUCCUAACAAAUCUUAAAUUUAACGCGCGUACACAUUUCUUUCGUUAUUGUUGCUUUUCACGAAGGAAAUCGAUUCUAAUUUCUAAUCCUAUCGUGUUUUACUUACAAUAUUAACUAUUCUUCUUUUCUUUUUUCUUUUCAAGCGCGAUUCGUCGAUUUAAAAUAAAAAAAGAAAUGUUAGAAAAGAAUGAAUAUAAGAAAUUAAAAAAAGAAAUGUUCGAAUUUGUAGACCCUAUUCAAAUGAGAGUGCGAAACAUGACCAGAUGCGUGAAAAUAAAGCGAUUCGAUAAGUCUAUUGCUGGGAUAGAACAGCUGCGCAAAUUAAGAACGAGCUCUUCUAUCACACACACACAGAGAUGCAUAUAUAUAUAUAUAUAUAUAUAUUUGUAUGCAUCAUACGUACACGCAUAGAAAUAUCAUACAUAUGUACGUUUGAAACGUUACGUGCUUUUACGUGUAUAAGAUGGCUAAAAUAAAAGCUAUGCUGGCUACAUAAAUACACGCGCCUAUAAUGCCGUCGCUUGGAUAUAUACGAGUAAAUACAUUACGUACAUACAUAACCGAAGAUGUAUACAGCGCGUAUUCCUACGUUAAUUAAUUAAAUGGCCUGGUAGAUUCGCAAAAAUAGAAAAGUAACAUUGGCUAUCGAUUACGAUACAGAAAAUAAAUUGUUGUUUGUGAGAAAUUUUAAUCGAAAUGAAAAGACUUCGUUUGCGAGCUUUUCGAUCGUCGGGGAAAGUUCAAACGUUCAUACUAUUUAUCGUUCGUGAGCGAAAUCAAAGAAGAGAACGAGACGUCAAAAAUAAUCCAUAUUAUUAUUGGCCAUCGAACGUUUCCGAGUAUGUUUCAUUGAUCGUUCGUUUUCGUAAUCCACCAACGUACAGAACAUAGCUAUAUUUAAAUAUCAAAAUUCCUAAUGUUCGUUAAUUUCCUUUAACAAUGCGCUCCUCAAUUUCUCUAAACUACGUUACCUGCGAAUGAAUGUUUCUAUUCGAAUCUGCUCCACUCACGUUUCGUCGUAAAGUGGAAAAAUAAAAGAUAAAAGAUGACAAAAAAGAAAACAAAAAAAGGAUGAAAAAGCAUUAAAGAUAAAAAAAGGAAAGAGAAAGAAAAAAAGAAAAGCGAGGAGAUGAAGAAAUUAAUAUCUGUAGAGACGGAAACUGUCGUGCAAAAGUAAAGUAUGUGUGAUGUUAGACGUAUACAAUCAUGUUACGUGUAAUGUUGUGUACCGUAAGAUUAGUCGAUAUAAAAGGUGGUGGUGUGUACUGAUGGAAUGUAAUACAUGUAAUCGAGUUACCCCUAAAUACAGCCAUUUUAUAAUGGA